CAGGCGCUGGCAGGAAGAGCUCGGGCUGUGAGAUCAUUCUGAGCCGUUGAUGAUGGGAUUUUUCUGAUCGGUGUCGGGUCCGGCGAGUAAAAGCUUCAAUGCGUGAACCAGGACAGUCCGGUUGGGAGCUCCGUGCGUGGGGCUCCAGCCCACACAAGCUCCUCGAGAGGUUUAUCGAUAAUAUGACAUAUGUAGAGGUCAAGCACCUCACAAGGUCGGAAAAUAAUGCUGUUGGUUCCAUUCUCAGCAGUUUGCUUUCACAAGUUAAAUUUGGCAUCGAGUGAUCUCCCUGUACAUAUUCCCUGAUUCCCGUUCCCAGCUUGGAAGGUUCACUGCAGGAUUGCUUGCCUCCCGUCCUUGCCCGUUCUGCCCCUCUCUUUCGUCCCUUCCACUCAACUGGUUCACCAAUCUAAUUACGCCAUGAACGGGAUAAAGCUUGCGCCCCACCGCCUCAGGGCCGUCGCUCCUCGUCUUUCCCUCAUCCGCCCCUCGUUCCUCCUUUGUGUUCCCAAGUCUCUGAACUCUCUCCCGUACACCACCCCCCAAACAAACCACAAACACAACUUCACCACCACAUCCAGCAAGAUGACUAUUCCCCAGCUUGAAGGUCUUCAGAUCGAGGUCCAGCAGGACGGCCAGGGCACCCGUGAGACCCGUCGUGGCGACAACGUCGAUGUCCACUACAAGGGUGUCCUCACCAGCGGCAAGAAGUUCGACGCUAGCUACGACCGUGGCGAGCCCCUCAACUUCACCGUCGGCCAGGGCCAGGUCAUCAAGGGCUGGGACGAGGGUCUCCUCGGCAUGAAGAUUGGCGAGAAGCGCAAGCUCACCAUCGCCCCUCACCUCGCCUACGGCAGCCGCGCUGUCGGUGGCAUCAUCCCCGCCAACUCUACCCUCAUCUUCGAGACCGAGCUCGUCGGUAUCAAGGGUGUCCAGAAGGGCGAGUAAAUGUAUUGCUCCGAAAUACAUUUAUAACCCUGGGGAACAAGCGGAUUCGCGGAUGAAAGGAGGAUCGUUUUCGGCGUUUAUGUCUCUUACCGGUGCCGACACGCCCUGAGCGCUUCUCGAGUUGCGAUAGGAGCUGGACAGAUACCAUUUGAGGGUCAU